GCCCGGCCGCGGCCUGCCCCCGCCGCGCUGCACCCUCGAGGUGCGGGGCCGGGCCGGGCCGUCUGACGGGGGCACCCCUGGGCGCCGCCUCGUUCGCGCGGCUGACUGGGCGCCGGGUGCGCUGGUCUCUGCCCCGGGGUGGCCGCAGCCCAGCCUGCCCGGCCCUCGGAGCGCUCCCUCCCCCUACCCCACUCAGCGGGUCCCGCGGGGAGACUGGUUGGCGGGCCGUUGUGCUGCAAGGGGUGGGGGUGGGUCUGCCGCAGCACUAGCCAGGGAGUCUCUGCCCCGCAGUGAUUGACCGCCCUGCCAGCUGCCCGAAACAAGGAGCCCGCUGCGGUCACGUGCGCUGCGGGAUGGGGGGCACGUGACCACGCUUGCGGCUUCCCUGUCCUUUCUGCGGGGAAACAAGGAAAUCUGCAUGUGAUGUGAAUUCUGUGCGUGUGCAGUGGUGCAAAAUUCCUCAGGAGAACUUUCUGGAGGUGACGUGAACUGCCCACUCCUGGCUUCUGCAACCUCCUGUUUCUCUGCCAGAGUUGGGGCCUUUGCACUAGUGUCCUUAUUGUGUUUCAAUUUGGGUAACAGCCUCUUGUUUCCCCAUAACUCUCUGUUUUAGUGGCUUCUACAGUCCCUAUCACAACAGUCUCCAAAAUGCUCUCUGUCUCUGAUUAUUUCGUGCUCUGAUGCCUAUUUCUUGCGCAAGUGUAGCAGCUGAUUUUAUAAGCUUCAUGUCAUUGUGUACCUAUGUAGAGUAUCUGCAAUCAAGGUUGAGACUUUAGGUGUGUAUCCAAAGCUAAGGGAAAAACAAAAGAAACAACGUCUCUUGGGAUGUCCAGCAGUUUAUCAGAGUACCAAGAUGUCUCGAGAGACUGGAAAUGAAUCCCAGCAAUCUCAAGGUGCCCAGCAGUCUCAGGGUGGUACAAGUUCUUCCUCCAGUGGAUCACAGAGUGCCAGUCAGUCUUCUUCCAGUUCUGGGACCCUCAGUUCUUUGGACACAGUUCCUACUCAGGAACUUCCUUCAAUUCCUGAGGAUCAGGAACCUGAAGAAAUCGUUCCUCAGCCAUGGGGUCGACUCUUUGCACUUGGAAAGGGUUUCUGCAAUUAUGACUGCGUGAAUGACGAGUGUUGGUUUGGCAGAGACAGAAGCUGUGAUUAUAGCUUUGCUAAGCUAGGGUUGACCGAGACAGGCUUAUACCAAAACUACAGCAAGAAGCACUUCCGAAUCUUCAGGGAAAUGGGACCAAAAAACUCCUAUGUUGCCUACAUUGAGGACCACAGUGCAAAUGGGACUUUUGUAAAUAAAGAGCUCAUUGGGAAAGGGAAAAGGCUCCCAUUGACUCACAAUUCUGAAAUUGCACUGUCUGUACAGACUAACAAAGUGUUUGUAUUUUCUGAUCUUAUGGUGGAUGAUCAGUCGGGGUAUCCCAGAGAAUUGAGAGAGAAAUAUAUUAUGUCAAAGACUUUGGGAAGUGGUGCCUGUGGAGAGGUUAAAUUGGCAUUUGAGAGGACCACGUGUAACAAAGUUGCUGUAAAGAUAAUCAAUAAACGGAGAUUUAUAACAAGUGCUGUGAGAGACACAGAUCCAGCUUUUAAUGUUAAUACAGAAAUUGAGAUUUUGAAGAAAAUAAAUCAUCCCUGCUUAAUCAAGAUAAAAAACUUCUUUGAUGCAGAAGAUUAUUAUAUUGUUUUGGAAUUGAUGGAAGGAGGAGAGUUAUAUGACAGAGUGUCGAGAUCAACCAAGAUGAAAGAAGCUACCUGCAAGCUCUAUUUUUAUCAGAUGCUGUUGGCUGUAAAGUAUCUUCAUGAAAAUGGUAUUAUACAUCGGGAUCUAAAGCCAGAGAAUGUGCUACUUUCAUCUUCUGAGGAAACUUGUCUUAUAAAGAUUACAGAUUUUGGACAAUCCAAGAUUCUUGGAGAAUCAUCACUUAUGAGAACGUUAUGUGGUACUCCCACGUAUCUCGCCCCUGAAGUUCUCAAUUCACUUGGGACAGCUGGGUAUAGCCGUGCUGUGGAUUGCUGGAGUUUAGGAGUUAUUCUUUUUGUAUGCCUGUGUGGAUAUCCACCAUUCAAUGAACAAAAUACUCAGCUAUGUCUGAAAGAUCAAAUUACCCGUGGAGAAUACACAUUUAUUCCAAGAGAAUGGAAGCAUGUGUCAGAUAUGGCUUUGGAUCUUGUGAAGAAGCUGUUAGUAGUGGAUCCAAAUAAACGUCUUACAACGGAAAAAGCCUUAGAACAUCCCUGGCUUCAGGAUGAAAGUAUGAAGAGCACAUUUCAAGAGCUACUCUCACAAACAAGAGUCUCUAUGCAUCCACCACAGACAUCAAGACUGCCAACCACAACCAGAAAACGUCCCCAUGAAAAGGAAGAGGAAUCUGGCUCUAAGCACGCUGUUCCUUCUACGUCAUUUCAGGAAAAAAAGGGAAGGGAAGGAAAGUAAACUUACUUGAAUUGCUGCUUUUGUCUAGGGAUUAUACAGAUUUUUAUAAGAAAUGUUUUUCUCUUAAUAAUGGAAUAAUUGUUCUGUACUAAUCAUUGAUAAAUAAAAAUAACUUUG